AUGAGCGAGGACGGCAGCGAGGCGGGCAGCAAUGGCUCCGGCCUCAUCUCCUGCCCGGACAGCGACGCGGACACGGGCCCCUUCGGCGCCCCGCCCUCCGCCCUCGAAGGGGAGGCAGAAGAUCUCAUGGUUAGCCAGCAGGUGGUCCUGUUUGUCGAGAUGCUCGAGGACGCCUACGAGGCCCUCCUGCAGCGCGAGAUCACCCCUGAGGUGGUGCCUGGAACGACGGCUGUGCUGAUUCGCUUCCCCGUCCCAGGCCCAGUGCGGGCCGUGCUCCGCUGUGAGGAUCGCCUCCUGCUGUUCAUCAAAUUCGAGCACAGGCCCGGCGGCUGGGCUGUGCCCAGGGUGUCCCUGGCUCCCUCUCAAGAGAGGGAUUUCAGCGUGGUGACCCAAUUCUGGCGCAGCCAGGCGCAGCCACCCUCGACGGAUCAGACCACCCUGUGCUACACAAAAGCACUGCUUUUGGCUAUAGCCAAUGACAUGGAUGUUGCGUUCCUGAUGGACCGGCCGGGACUGGCCGCGGAGCGGGUCCGUGAUCGCAUAUCAGUGCAGGAUGAGAACUUUGCGGGGGUGUUCAGGAUGCCAAUGGAUGUGAAGAAGGUGGAUGUGGAGGUGGCAGAGAUCGUGGGGGAGGCGAUGGGCGUGAUGGGCGGGCGGAUGGUGCGCAACGCGGUGCUGAGGGCGGUGGAUGUGGUGGAGGGCAACCUGAGGAGGCUAGGGGAGCGGUGCUACCUGUGUGGCACACGGCACAGGCCACAGCCAGAGGUGCCAGUGCCGCUGCCAUGCUGCAAUUACCUGUGCAGAUUCAGGAGUUGCAACACCAUGUACGUGAACUUGUACUCUGAAAUCAAGAGCCGUCCGCUGGUGGUGCAGUUGCUUAUGCGCCUGGCACACAGCGCCAUCAGCUCCUACAGGGCAGAGAUAAUUUUCACGCCCACACCCCCAGGGCUUGAAAUGAGGUCCCUGCAAAUGUUAUUCUCGCAGCUGCCCACUGUUGAAGACAUGUCAGCUUGCGAGAAUGAGGCAAGCAUCAAGGCGGCGAUACAGGAGCAGGGCAAACGAACAAGAGAAUCCUCGUCAACAACGGUGGAACUGAGCUCCUGCAACUCCAGCUUGUACAAACUGCUGUGGUGGAUCAUCAUGAACAUCCCCAACUACAUCUCUGAGGUGCCUCUGGAUGAGCACCCGGCCAUCAUGGAGGAAAUACAGUCCCACCCCGUUGAGGGUGGCACCCCCCUGGACACUGCAGGCAGCCUACCACCGAGCAUCCGUGCCUUCAAAAUCACUAGCCACCUGACCAGCCUCAACCGGACAUUCCUGGAGCUGCGAGCUCUGCACGGAUCUGCCUAUGCUUUUCAUGGAUCGCCACAGGAGAAUUGGUACAGCUUGCUCAAGCAUGGCAUGAGGAACAUGAGCGAUGAGGGCGAUUACCGGGUGCAUGGCGCGGCGCACGGCAAGGGCGUAUACUUGGCCAGGAGUUACAGGAAAGCACUGCGCUACGCCUCUGGUGAGUUGUCCAUCGUGGGGGUCGUCGAGGUGGUCAAGAUGCCGCAGUUGGGGCAGUGGGACAAGGGCUGGUGCAUCGUGGUGCCGGAGGCGGAGUGCAUCAGCAUCAAGUACAUCUUGGUGGAGGGAAGCAAGUUGUGA